UUUUUAUUUUUUUAUAUAACGAAAUAAAUAUAUGUGAAAAUCAUAUGUUUUGUAAACUUGUGAGAAUGUAUAAAAUAUUUAAAAUUUACAUAAUCUUUAGGACAUGAUAUUUUAAUUGUUGUCAUUACUUUUUCUUUAUACCGUCGAGACAAACACGGUUAUAUCUUUUUGUGGAUAUUUGGCACAGAGAAAAUCAAUAAUGGACUAUACCAUGAUAAUAUGAGUUAAGAAGCUAAUUUUCUUUAUAAAUGCCUUAAAGAAUGGAAGAUAGCGGUAUUGAUAGUGAUCCUAAAGCUGUUAAUCAUGUGGAAGAUGAAAGACUCUUUUUGGGCAGUGAUAGCAGUUGCAGCAGCAAUCACACACAAGCUUCUCAGCGGAAUACAACCAAACAGUUGCAAAAAAAACUUGAGACACGCAUUGAACAGGCAAAACGAAUUCAACGCAACUCAGAUUACAUAAAGCUUCCAAAAUAUGACAAUGAAAAUACAAGUAGUACCAGUUCUGCUGGAUUGAUAUCAAUCCAAAGAUUGCCUAUACCACAUAAGAAUAAAGAGCAUCUUCCUCUAGUUGAAUACUGGCAUAGUGAAAGUGAAAGUGAGGAUGAACUGACUCUCUUUCCUGCGAAAUCGAAGGAUCCCUCAAAGCACAAACAAGAUCUUACAGAUACGUUCAGUAUUGGAGAGUUAAGUGAUGAAAGCGAAGACUCUUUGAACUUGGACCCAGCGCAGCCACCACAUCCAUUUAUGAAAACUUACGUACCUACUGGGUGUUUCGCUUGCCAUUGCCAUAUACUGUAAUAUAGUCUGUGCAUUGAACUGAUUAUUAAUUUAAACUGAUUGAUUAUUAUUUAAAUAAUUGAACAAAGAGAGUAUAAAUAUAUUAUGUUUUUUAUGAA